AUGCGCAGGUCUAGCACGGAUGAGUCCACCUAUCACAGGAGCCCUUCCCUGGACAGCAAGGAUUACAGUUUCCCAAAUGGCGCCUUUCGUCGCUACAGCAGCAUGUAUGGUGGCCAGUUUGGGGCUGCCAGCAACUCUUUUUUUGGAUUCCACACCAAUCCAGGCCCUAAGGCCACCAAGGCUAAGUACACGUCCCCCAAGGGAAACAAGUACGUUGUCUUUUACCUGGAUCUCUCGUUUAUUUUUCUCCUAGAACUGAAGAGGUGCAGCAUGGCUCACAACUGCCUGCAGUGUAUCAAGUACCUAAUGUUUGUCUUCAACCUUCUCUUCUGGUUGGGAGGCUGUGGAAUCCUUGGAGUAGGCAUCUGGCUGGCUGUUACCCAAGGGAACUUUGCCACCCUCUCCUCUUCUUUCCCAUCCUUGUCGGCUGCCAACCUACUGAUCGUCACAGGAACAUUUGUCAUGAUCAUUGGCUUCGUGGGCUGCAUAGGUGCCAUCAAAGAGAACAAGUGCCUCCUGCUGAGUUUUUUUAUCAUGCUGUUAAUUAUAUUUCUGUUGGAGCUCACUGUUGUGAUUCUGUUCUUUGUCUACACCGACAAG